CAUUUGGGAACUCUGGCACUGCCCGAGGGCCCUGGGUCAGUAGGGGGCCCCAUGAGAUGCUCCUGGUACCUUUUCAUAGGCUUUUUCGGGUGUGGUUUGAUUGUGGGCGAGGACACAGGGGCCCCAUGAUCCCCUAUUGCCCAGGGGCCCCAUGAGUUGUCAGUCAGCUCCUAGUUCCAGGUUCAAACAUACAUGUAUAAUAACAGUGCAUAACAUAGCAGUAUGGUAGAUGGUACAAAACA